UUGGAGCGGAGAGCAGUGCGCAGCUCCAGCUGGGGAAUGGCGCUGACGUUAAAGUGAAAGGAGCGGGAGCGAGGGACAGGAGCCGGACACACAGCGAGUAGAAAGGGCAGCGGAGCACCCUUCCGGAGACUCGGCUCCGGUAGCGGAGAGGAAGGAGCCGACGAUACGGGGCCGGUGCCCCGGAUUGAUGACACGACCACCGGUUUCAUCUAGCGGUGGCGGGGGCUGCUGCUGCUGCUGCAUCCGAUCGCAAGCAGGCCCUUUGCUGUCCGUGUAAUGUUGCAGAACCACCUUCCUGGCCAUUGGAUCUCACUGUAGAUCUCAUUUACCCAGUCCACCAAAGCUGAUUUCUCAUGCUAUGGCAGUGGUCCCCAACCACCGGGCUGCAAAGCAUGUGCUACCGGGCCACGAGGAAACGAUAUGAUUUGGCGAUAUGAAACGAUAUGAGUCAGCUGCACCUUUCCUUAUUCCGUGUCACACCCACUGUUGAAUUUAAACGUAAACGAGGUCAUUACCCACGCGUCAUCCAUGUCAACACGGAAGAAGAUCAACUCCUCGAGCUUGCAAAUGACAGUGGGCUGAAAGAGUGAAGUAUGUGUGAACUAACAGCACAAGUCACAAGUAGUCUACUGCAGUUUCCAGAAGUAACCAUUGAAGCUCUUAGUGAUGAUGAUUCAGCACAAGAUGUAGGACUAUAUGGGAAAAUUGCAACAGGCAGAAAUGGAUUGUCUUGGCUGGCUUGUGGUGCUCAUUUGGAGCUUCUUAACUCGAUCACAGGCGAACGACUGUCUGCCUAUAGGUUCUGUGGAAUUGGGGAGCAUCCACCCACCAUUCUGGCAGUCAAGGAAUUUUGUUGGUUGAAAAGAACUGGACUAUUGAUUGGAUUAAAAGAAUCUGAAGGUAGCAUCCUCUGCCUUUACGACCUCUCAGUUUCCCGAGUGGUUAAAGCAGUGUUUCUCCCUGGAAAGGUAGUAGCUAUUGAGCCAAUUGUUAACCACGGAGGUGCAACAGCUAGCACACAGCGUUUAAAUCAGAGUCUCCGGUGGUUUUUUGGUAUAGUAGCAGUUGUAACUGACACUGGACAUGUUCUUCUUAUCGAUCUGUGUCUGGAUAAUUUCGCAUGCAGUCAAAGUGAGCAAGACCCAGCAGACCUUGAAGUGGUCAAUGGAUCACCUGCUGAAAUUCCACGAAUGAGGGAGAAUGUGAUGAGGGAAGGGCGACAUCUUUGUUUUCAGUUGCAGAGCCCAUCAGGGAUAGCAGCCACUGCAAUUCGAUAUGUCCUCAGAACAAAUCAGCUUGUUGUUGGCUUUGCAAAUGGUUAUGUUCAACUCUGGAACCUGAAGUCUUUAAAGAAGGAAUACCACUCUCAGUUGGAAGGAGGGAAUGUACCUGUGUAUGCAUUCACUUUUCAAGAACCUGAAAAUGAUCCUCGGAAUUGUUGUUACCUUUGGGCAGUGCAGUCUGCUCAGGAUGGUGAAGGAGAUGUGGUGAGUCUACACCUACUGCAGCUGGCAUUUGGUGAUCGGAAGUGUUUAACGUCGGGACAAAUCCUCUAUGAGGGCUUGGAAUAUUGUGAAGAGCGUUACACUCAAGAUCUUACAAAUGAAGUGCUUUCUUCAAGAAUGCGGAAUACUAAUGCUCGGCUGCUGUGCUGCCAGACUAUAGAGAAAUUUAGGAAUCAUGCUGACAGAGAAGAAAGUAUGACUGAGGCCACUUCACCGGACACCAGUGUAUCUGUUUUCAGUUGGCAGAUGAAUACAUAUGGGCAGCGCAAGCCCUCUACUUAUUUGGGCAUUUUUGAUAUCAACCGUUGGUAUCAUGCACAGAUGCCUGAUUCACUAAGAGCGGGUGAGAAGCUAGGUAACUGCCCCUAUUUUGCGUUAUGGUCUCUGGACACUGUAGUGGACAUGACCUUCCCGUAUUAUCUGCUGGAUGUCUCAGUACAUGAAAGAAGUCUGAGCCGUGGAGUUCCUCCUUCUUAUCCUCCACCUGAGCAGUUUUUUAAUCCUAGUACCUACAAUUUUGACGCAACUUGUUUGCUAAAUACUGGACUUGUACAUAUAACAGGUUCUGGGUUUCAAAAAGAGACUUUGAAUUAUUUGAAGAAAGCCGGUCCUUUUCUUAGUGAAGCUAUACCUGAUGGUUAUAGUCGUUGCCUGAUGGCUGGGCUUUUAUCUCCAAGACUUGCAGAUGUACAGCCUUCAUGCCUGUCACAAGAGGAAAAGCUUGAAGCCAUUUUGUCAGCAGCUGUGGAAUCUAGUUCUUUGGGUUUAAUAACUGGGUGCAUCAAACAAUGGACGAAAGAAGAACAACCCCGGUCAGCUGCCAGUUUGCGUUUUGUGCUCGAGUGGACCUGGAAAAAAAUAACUCGUACAAAAGAGGAACUGGACAACAUCUGUAUUCCACUUUUUGAUGGAUCGUGCCACUUCAUUGACCCACACACACUCCAGUCUCUACAGCACUGCCAGAUGUUACUUAGCAACCUCACCACCAUUGUUAGCUGUUUCCUUACAGAGGCCCAGGAGUUGACUGAGCGAGGACUGGUUGACUUAAUGAACAAGCGUAUUGUAGGCACUCUGCUAUCACAAUAUGCCCAAGUUGUUUUAUGGUUCUGUCGAGCAGGAUUACUUCCAGAGGGUUCAGAUGACACUGAUCUAUUACAAUUAUCCAGACCCAUCUACAACUAUCCAGUAAUACAAAACUAUUAUACCAACAGACGACACAAGUUGGAACGUUUGUCCAAAGGCAAAUGGUGUUCAGACUGCCUGUUAAUUGAUGGGAUGGUAUCGGAGACUGGGGAUCACAUCAAACAGUUGUGGAAGAAGGAUGAAGGAGGAACUGGGAAAUAUCCACCAUCAACGCUUCAUGCACUUCUUGAUGUAUAUUUACUGGAGAAUGUAGAUGAGACAACAAAGCAUGCCAUUGCUAUUUACCUUCUGUUGGAUGUUCUCUCAUCUGUUCCUAACAAGAACGAGUCUUCCAUUGAGUCCUUCCCACCUGCUUUUGCGAUACCUGUGGGUCUGGUGAACCUCAUCCAAGGUUUUUGGCUUCUGGAUCAUAAUGAUCAUGAGAAUGCUUUGGAUCGUAUUUUGCAUCCAGCUACCAGCAGAUCACUAUCUUCAUGGCAGCAUGUUCGGAUCAUACAGGCCUUGAUGUGCCAAGGAGAGUACAGGAAGGCUCUUCGAUACAUUCAGGCAAUGAAACCUUCAAUGUCUAGUAGCAGUGAGGUUAAACUUCACCUCACUGUCUUGAUGUUUAACAGAUCUAUGGUGGAGGCUUGGCAUCUACUUCGACUAAAUGCUAACAGGAUAAAUGUAGAGGAUCUAUUGCGGCACAUGUAUGAGCUGUGUCAGGAAAACGGGCUGAUGGAAGAGCUACUUAAACUGCCUUUUACUGGGACUGAACAGGAAUGUUUGGAGAAGUUUUUGAAAAACAGUGGAAAUCUUCAAAACCAAGAAUUUCUUUUAGUGCAUCACCUUCAACGUGCCAACUAUGUACCUGCCUUGCAACUUAAUCAGUCACUAAAAACAAGUUUGAAUGAUCAUGAUCCCCGCAUUCGAGAGAGAACAGCUGCUAGAAAUUCCAUCCUGGAACAGUAUGGAAAAGUGCUUCCAAGGAUACAGAGAAAACUAGCAACUGAGCGUGCAAAACCUUACCAUUAUUUAACAACUUUGCAUGAAGUUACACGGCCCAAGCCAUUAUCCACUGUGGCAAGGAGAUCUACUUCUGGAAGUGUGAUCACUCGUGCAACGUUCAUCAAUUCAGUGCUUUCAAAGGUUAAUGAAGUCUGGCUAAAGAAUAUGCAAGGAGCAACACCCUCACCUUUGAAUAGUCCUAGGUGCAAAGAACUGCCUUCUGUUAAUGUGACUCUAAAAACUUCUGAAGUACCCGAUGCUUUUGUUGGGACACCAAUCAAUACAAGCUCACAAAAAAUUUCCAGGUUGUUGGACUCAGUGAGACAGCUGAAGUCAUACACGACAUCAAAAGCAGAGCCAACGCAUGUGGAAACUAAAAGCAUUUUGAGGAUGACAGCUAGUCCUUUGGAGUCAUGUACAAUCAAUACUGCCCACUUUGGAAGCAUUUCUAAGGCAGCAGAACUAAAGCUUUUGCAAACACCUCCUGUGGUGAAGAGAGCAAGAGCAUUUACAUCAUCAGAAGCCACGUUUGCCAGUUUUACUCCUCAGUCCAUCUUGCGACCUAGCCUUCGUCCCACACCCUUGGCAUCACCGUGUGCCUCACCAAGUAGAUCUUCAACUCCUCCACUCCGUUCUAAAGAGACCAAAAUUUCUUUUGUGAAAGAGAAGCCAGCCAUUCGAUGGACAAAUAGGGAUAUAGCUGCAGAUGAAUUUGAGCUGCCGCCUUCAUCCAAACGGAUUCCACGCACACCGUCUAUUGAGUCAUGGCCUUCAACCACAGACAAUCAAUUCACAAAUGAACUUACUCCUGAAAAUGAAGUACAGUUUGAGCAUAUGGAAAUGGUUGAUCUUUCUGGUACUGACAAAGAUUCUAUUAAAGAUCAUAUUGAUAGUUCUGGAAGAACAGAAGACUUGUCAAUGGAGGAAUAUGUGGAUGCUGCUGAGUCCCUCGAUAGAGGGGACACAUCCAAGGAUAUGGGGAAAGUGGUUUUCGUGGAUGAGUUGAUCUUAAAUAUGGAGGAGAGGAUCUCAAGUUGUGAUCCUACAUGUGUGGAUGUUAUGGACCAGCGCACUACAAGUCACCAAGGGGCUGAAGUUUCCCAGCCUGAAACUGAGGAAGUGUCUGACAGUGAAAAACUGUUUAAUGCAGAUAAUGAACAAACCUUUGAAGACAUCAAUAAGAAUGGAAGUCCUUCACCAUGCUCAAGCAACGAUGCAGCUGUUCUGCUGACACAUAACCUCAUAUCAUCUGAUGAGGGUGAAACCUUGCAUCCAGAAAAGACUGAGGAACAACUGCUCUCUCAGGUACCAGAGGAAAAGGAAGGAUUGGUCGAGAAUGAAGACAAUUUGCAUCCAUCCAGUACAGAUUCUGAUUCUUUGAUUGUUAUUGGCGAUGAGGACAUUCCCAGAACAGAAUCAAGAAAUGAAGAAAAUGAAUCAGCAUUACCAGGAACUGAGAAGAAUGAUGAUAAAAUGAUGGAUGAUGUUGCUGAGUGCACACAGGAUGGGUCACUUUCAGUUUUAAUUCCUGUAAAUACUCAUCUUUUGCAGGAUGUGAAUGACAGAUUUGAAGUUGAAGGCCCAGUUGAAGUGUCUCACUCAACAGUUUCCAAAGAACUGAAACAGCAUGAAGGACCUGACUUGGAUUAUCCAGACCAAUCCAGUGACAAAGUAAACGUUGUGAGUGAUGCAGAAGGUGUUGAAGUUAAGGUUACACCAUGUCCUAACAUUCAAGAAAACUUCACUUUAAUAUUAGAAGAUGAUGAUGGGGAUGUAGCUGUUGACCAGUUACUGCCUUCAGAAAUGAAUCAGAAACCUGCUCUGGUUGAAACUGAGAGUGAGUCAUUGCAAGCCAAACUUGGUGAAUCCAUUAAAGACAUUCCAGAGAAUAAUGCUUUUGAAAGUGAAGAACUGCCUUGUACAAAGCACAAUUCCUUUGUUCUUGAACCACUGGAAAACAAACCUGAAGUUGCUGAACUAUUACCUUCUGUGCCUGAUACAGUAAGUGUAGAUGUUAUAGAUAAUUCAGCAUGUGUCAUUAAAGGAGAAGAUCAGUCAACAACUACUUCAACUGAGGUUCUCAAAGAAGGUCAUUCGGCAACUAAUUCGACUGAGAUUCUUAAAGAAGGUCAUUCGGCAACAAAUUCAACUGAGAUUUUUACAGAAGGUCAUUUGGUAACUAAUUCGACUGAGAUUCUUAAAGAAGAUUGGUCACAGGAAGAAAAGUUGCCUGAAUUAAUCAAGUCACCUGUUCAGGUAGAGAGUGAAAUAACAAAGGAGACGAGUGUGCAGAAAGAAGUAAAGGAAACAAAACCUGACAGGUCUGAGGUUAGUAGAAAAGCUACACAGCAGGUGGAGGCUGUGGCAACGCCUACAAGGUCCUUGCGAAGUAGAAGUAGUAAAGUGGGUGAAAUCAGUACCCGAGAUAAAGGGGAAUUGGAAUCAAACGUAAAAUGUAAAACGGAAAUGCCUGCAACACCAAGGAGGAGAACAAGAAGAACUGUUAUAGGGAUAGAUGAAAUUGUAGAAACUAAUUUGGGGGAGCUAAAAGGUAUGCAGGUUGAUCGGGAAACUGGCUCUCUCCAUACCACUCCAAGAUCCACUAGGAAAACUAAUACUCGUAGAGCAUGUGACACAAAGGCCAAUUUGCCGGACUCCAAUGUGACACGUAGUGAAACGGUUCCUGUCUUGAGAUCCACAAGAAGAAGCAUUGCUGUUAGACCAGAUACAGAGCAGGCCUUAGACAGUACCUUGAAAACACCACUGAAUCAGCAUGUAGAAGUUACUUCUGUUUCUCAGCGAGCUUCAAGACAAAAAAGAAAUAAACUUUCUGAAGUCAGUGCUCUACUGAACAACCCACUUUCAGUGUUGGAGAUUACUGAGCAUGUACCUGUGGUGCCUACACCUAGCAGACUUACAAGAAGUAGGGCCAAAGGUGCCCACCUUGUGGCAUUAGAAAAUAUUGCUGAAUUGACUUCAAAUGUAAAGAUUACUUUGCCUGUUAAAUCUCAGACAACAAGGAAGCAGCCUGUCAGGAGCAAAGAAACACCAAAGCCUGUGGUCAAAACUGAUAUAGUGAAUGACAGGCAAGAGGAGCAGCUUACAGUGACUGUUACCCACAAACCAACCAGAAGAAAAUCUGGUAAAGACUCAGAAACACAUGAGCUAAUAUUAGCAGAAGAGGAUUCUUUUGCUUUCUCCACUCCUCUCACAAGGUCGUCAAAAAAGUCAAAAGUUGAGAAGACCACAGUGCAGGAUUCCUCUGUGCAGCCACCAGAGUUUCUGUUUUCUACUCCUAUUACAAGGUCUAGAAAACCCAACAAAGCACCCUUGCAGAUAGUGAAAGAGCAGGAUUUGGAUAUUUUGAAGAAUGACACCCCAAAAAUAGAAGAGGUGAGAAAAGAGGAAGGUAAAGAAGAAGAGGAGAAAAUGUGUACCAGAAGCAGAACUACAAGACUUCGAACGAAGAAGAGUUCCGGAGAAACCAAGAAGGCUUCAUGGUCAGCACCACCAGUGGAAAUUGAAUUUCUUUCUCCUUUAGCAAGUCCUUUGGAUUCAUUGUCCAGUAAAAGAAGAGAAGCAGAGGAUGAUGCUGGGUCUGUAGAACAUAAGAUGACACUUCGUCACAAGAGGAAAAAACUGAUCCCAGUAUUUCAAAAGCCAGUCACACGCAGAAAAGUAAACCGACACAAAUAAUGAGAAAUGUUAUUGUUUAAGCGGUUUAAUACUUGGAUGCAGUUUAUAUAUAAGAGUUAUACAGUAUACAGAACUGUGUGAAUUUCCGAAGUUCAUCUAAUUUUCAGGAAAUAAUUUAUAUAAAUUAUUUUAACAUUUCAUGAACAAAUGGUCUGUAAGGGGAAAUUGUAGCUCCAUGUGGAGUAUUGUAACUUUUUUUGUUUUUAGGCAAAUGUUUCACAUUUUAAUUUUGUAAUGAAUCUUCAUACAUUUUAUUAACGUAUAUAAAAUGUAAAUAUUUUUUGACAUUUUAGGGAAGUUAUAAAUAAAAUGUAUACUUGGCAGUUUGAUAUGUUUUUUUUUCAUUUUUGUGAUGGAAUAUUUUGCCAAUGGGGUAAGUGGUACAGUAUAUGCAGUUGUACAUCUUUAAAGUUUGUUUUUACGAUUAUUUUAGACACAAUAAGAUUGUCCAUGAACCUGAGGUACAGUUCAUAGUGGCUCUUGACUGACUUAAGUUGGUACUUAGCCUUGAAUCUCUGCUAGAUACCUGAAACUGUUACUUCUUUGUAAGGAAUUGCCUUCAAUGCUGGGGAAGGCAGUUAUUUUGUAUAAUUUCCCAUGUUCAUCCAAAAGAAAGGAAUUGUUUUGGUUGGAUACAGGAAAGAAGGGUCUCUGGGAGAAGAAGCAGGAGAUUCUGUCUUCAAUUAUUUUUAAAUGAGGGGUAGGAAAUAUUUUAUACCAAGGAUGCUUCUUUUCCCCUGCAACCCAACUUUUCUGUUUAUUUAAGGCAGCCAAUUGCCACCUGAUAAAAUCUGGCCCAGGUACCCCACUGAACCUUGUAACAUACUAAUUUUAUGUCAUGUGAUGCUGCAUCGAGUUAUUUACUUUUGUCACAAUACUUGUAUCAUGUUUCUUUGGUUUCGUCAAGAUAUGCUUGCAGUGCUGCUACAAAUCACAACAAACUGAGAUAGCUCAGCAAAUACUGGUAAGUCAGGCAAAUUUAAAAAAAAUAAAAAGAUUGCUGAAAUUUC